AUGACACUGUCCUACGCAGCUGGACUUGCAAAAGUCCUUGAGGUUGCUCGCCAACAACACAACACCCGUCAGAAGCCUGAAGAGAAUGUGCCGUUACAGGACGCUAUCGGUGGCGUGCCGGCAAGAGCCGUUCUCAGCCCCAGGUCGAUUCCGGAGUACGAUACUUCGGCCAUGGACGGGUACGCCAUCCGCUCCCAUGACACGACCACGGCGUCUCCAGACACGCCGGUGGUAUUUAGGGUAAUGGGCACCGUGGCGGCGGGAGACGAGCCCGAAAAUGGCUUAGACGCCGGGCCAGAAGACGGGGUACCCCCUUGCGUGGAGAUCAUGACGGGCGCGAUAUUCCCCGAGGGCUACGACGCCUGUGUGAAAGUGGAAGACACGGUCGCCGUGCGAGGACCUGAUGGCCGCUGUGCUGGCUGCAUUGCCGUCACGAGACGAAUUUUAUCAGGCGAAAACAAACGCUUCGCUGGAAGCGAUAUCCGUCAGGGACACGCCGUGCUGAAGCAAGGGGACACCGUCCAACCAGCCCACAUCCUGCCCCUGGCAUCUCUUGGCGUCGCCGAAGUUCCGUUAGUUCGGAGAGCUCGCGUGGGCGUAUGGUCGACGGGGAAGGAGAUGACGAACGGAAAGGCUGGCACCAAGGAUGCGAACGGCCCGUAUCUCACGGCGGCAAUCAAAGAGAUGGGGUUGGAGGCCGAGUUCCUGGGCGUGCUGGAUGACGACCUGGCCACUUUACGCAGCCACAUCCGCAAGGCAGCAGACGCUGAACGGUACGACCUGCUCCUGACGAGCGGCGCAGUGUCGAAGGGCAGGUUCGACUACAUUCGGGCCGCCCUGGACGAGAUGGGGACUGAGAUCAUGUUUCACGGGUUGUACAUCCGGCCGGGGCAUCCUGUGCUUUUCGGCUUGGUCCCCAGCAAGGAAAGCAAGGCAGCAUUCUUCGGCCUGCCGGGAAACCCUGGGGCCGCCGCUGCGUGCUUCAGGCUUCUGACUGUGCCGUAUCUCCGAGCACUUCAAGGACAGCCUCAGGAGCAGCCUAUUUGGGCGAGCUUACGGCAGAGAACCGACAAGCGGCAGGACGCGCACAGCUGUGCCUCCAAGCAGAACAGGGACAUUUUCCGCCACGGCGUCCUCUCGACGUCACCCAGCGGGGGCCUGUUCGCCGAAGCCAGCAACGAGCAGAGCCCCGCGAAACUGGGCCCCUUCCGAGCCGCCAACUGCUGGAUUCGGUUCCGGCCCGAGCCCGACUCAAUACCCCCCGGGACCGACAGCCUCCCGCUCGUCGAAUGCUACCCCAUCUCGCCGACAGGCGCCAUCCGCCUCGCACCCUGCCUCCCCAACUGA